GUUUGGAGGCAGGCUGUCCCGGUACAGACGUACACACACAUCUGUACAAACAGACAGACUUGCCAGAGCGACACUGACACACAGCCCCGGGAGGAAGAGGGACUCUCCGUGUCACCAUGCCUGUGCGACAGAAAGAUGCCCAGCGAGCCCUGGAGCUGCUUCAGCAGUACCGGACUAAAUUAGAACAGAGGCGGCACAACCAGACACAGACCAAACAGGGCCACGUGGAGGAAGACCACCAGCUACAGCAGUCUCUGGACAGAGUCAUCAAUGUCUUCCAAAGUCAGCUCUUCAGUGCUCUACUUGAUAUCCAGGAGUACUAUGAGUUGACCAUCCUUGCAGACAGCAAGUGUUCUGUCGACCAGACAGAUGGUUCAGAAGGACUCUCUGAAUCCUCUAACCUGUCAACACUACUCCCAGACCAGCCACAGGCCCUCUCUGGUUCCCUGACACCCUUAACUUGUGGUGAACAAAAUCAGCCGACACCCUUAGUUCGCAAACCUAGGUCAAUCAAGUCUCCUGCCCCUCCUGUCCCACCUGGAAUACCCCCUAAUAUUUCAGAAACACAGCCGAGUACGCCUCAGCCACAUUCAGCCAAAGUCAAGUACCGUGCCCCAAUCCCUCCAGUCCAAACUGAGGACUCUAAAUCCACAGAGACUUCUCCACUGUCUUCUCCCUCUGCUGCCACAGUGAACGGUGUGGAAACCCACGCAGGCUAUAUUAAAACACCUCCUGGAGUAUCACUGAAUGGGACAAAGCGAAAACUUACUGCCACCAACUCUGGGGCUUCAUCAGAAAGCUCCAGUACUUCAGUAAAUCCUCAAAGUCUCCCUGCCUCUCCUGGCCUCAAGCAGGUGACCGUCUCAGCUCUGGUCUCCAGCUCCAUCCAGGGCCUUUUGUCACCAACAACUCCUGACAAACUUAGCCCCACUGCCACCACACCAAUUACCAGCCGGGGUCCUAACAGACUCAUAGAUGCUGCAGCUGUCGCCAAAGCGCCGACAACCAGCAAGGACCCAGGAUUAGGCAAAGUCACUCCCAGCACAAGUCCGACCAGCCCCAACCAGGGAAAAUUUACCUUCAGCAACCUCAGCCCCACAGGUCCUCCAGGCCCCUUGACAAAAGGACCACAUUUGAGUCCUACCAGUCCUGGGUCAGUAAAUGUCUUCUCCCCAAGCCCCAGCCAUGGUCCAGACAGCCCCAGGUCAGCUACAGGCCCACUGACCCCCACCAAGAAAUAUCGACUUCAAGAAGAGGAAGGGGCAUUAUCAGGCGCCCCCAAACUCCACCAACAUGCCUGCCAACAUCACCCACUGGGAGUAGCCAGAGAGCUGAGGGAUGGAGGGACCCUGGGGAGGGAGGGGGGAACCUGGAGGAGGGAGGGCGGAGGUGCAGGGACCAUGGAGAGAGAGGGGGGAGGAUCGCUGGGGAGGGACGGAUCUCUUGUUCGCCGCGGCGACCUGCGCGGGCCGGAGUUGGUCCAGGUGGCAGAGCGGCAGCUGUCUCAGAUUCAGCACGUUCACGGAUACGUCACUCACUCGCACAUCACACCUGCUCAGGUAGAAUCUCCCGAGCUUCCCUUUGAUGAUGAGGCGUGGCCUCACGCAGAGGGAGAGAGGCUGCACGACGUUCCUGCCCCGCCUUUCUCCUCCCUCUAUUCCGAAAGCCAUGCCUACUACCAGGCCAACCCCCCUCCAGUGGUGGUCAACACAGACAGCAUCGACGUCCCCCCAUAUGUCAAUGGAACAGAAGCAGACUAUGAGUAUGAGGAAGUCACGUUGGAGCGGGGUAACUCUGGCCUUGGGUUCAGUAUCGCAGGAGGGACUGAUAACCCCCACAUCGGAGAAGACCCCUCCAUCUUCAUCACCAAGAUUAUACCUGGAGGUGCUGCAGCUCAAAAUGGACGACUCAGGGUGAAUGACUGCAUAGUCCGGGUAAAUGAGACGGACGUCAGGGACGUGACCCACAGUGGCGCUGUGGAGGCACUGAAAGAUGCAGGAGGUCUGGUCCGGCUGUGUGUGCGACGCAGGAGGAGCCUCUCUGAGAGAGUCAUGGACCUUAAACUGGUCAAAGGACCAAAAGGUUUAGGGUUCAGCAUAGCAGGUGGAGUUGGAAACCAGCACGUCCCAGGUGACAACAGCAUCUACGUGACCAAAGUCAUCGAGGGAGGGGCUGCACACAAAGACGGACGGCUACAAAUAGGGGACAAACUUGUAGCUGUCAACGGCUCCUGUUUGGAGGAGGUCACUCACGAGGAAGCGGUGGCUGUGCUAAAAUCGACGACUGACGUCGUGUACCUGCGCAUCUCCAAACACACGUCCCUUUUUAUCAAUGACAACUUCCCUCCUCCUGAUGUCACUAAUUCGUAUUCUCCACAACAAGACAACCACGUGAGCCCGUACAUGAGUGGCAGUCAGUCUGUAAGCCCCGCUCCGUUAACCACACCCAGAUACUCCCCUCUGCCCAGGGCCAUGACCACAGACGACGACUUCACCAGAGACCCCAGGCGGGUGGUGUUGCAGCGCGGGUCAACAGGUCUCGGUUUUAACAUUGUUGGAGGAGAGGACGGAGAGGGAAUCUUCAUCUCUUUCAUCCUGGCCGGAGGUCCGGCUGAUCUCUGUGGGGAGCUACGGAAGGGAGACCGCAUCCUCUCGGUGAACGGUGUGGACUUGUCCAGUGCAACACAUGAGCAGGCAGCUGCAGCUCUGAAGAAUGCAGGACAGACCGUCACCAUAGUAGCACAGUACAGACCAGAGGAGUACAGUCGUUUUGAGGCCAAGAUCCAUGACCUGAGAGAACAGAUGAUGACCAGCAGUGUCAGCUCCAGCUCCACGUCGCUCCGCUCCACACAAAAACGCACACUCUAUGUCAGAGCGCUGUUCGACUACGACGGCAGUGCGGCGGAUCUGAGCGCGCCCAAUCAGGCCCUACCUUUUCACUUUGGGGACAUCCUCCAUGUGAGCAGUGCCGGGGAAGAGGAGUGGUGGCCCGCCCGUCACCUCAGCCCCCCGCCGCCAAACUGCCCCGACGUCGGGGUCAUCCCCAGCCGCAGGAGGGCAGAGAAGAAAGAGAGGUCGCGGUUAAAGACAGUCAGAGUGACGAGGUCUCAGGACAAAUCGGAUCAGGAUGAUAAAGAGCUGGUAACCUCUGGCACCAGCGAUAGUGAGAGUAGUUCCUCUGGCCAGGAGGAGGUCUUCCUUACCUACCAGCCUGUCGUGCAGCAAGAAGUGAAUUACACACGGCCAGUCAUCGUGCUCGGACCAAUGAAAGAUCGGAUCAACGAUGACCUCAUCUCUGAGUUUCCUGAUAAGUUUGGCUCCUGUGUCCCGCACACAACACGGCCGCGACGGGACUACGAGGUGGACGGCAGAGAUUAUCACUUCAUGUCCUCCAGAGAGCUCAUGGAGCGAGAGAUUCAGGAACAUAAAUUCAUUGAGGCCGGACAGUACAACAACCACCUGUAUGGAACCAGCAUACAGUCUGUACGAGAGGUCGCUGACAAGGGUAAACAUUGUAUACUGGAUGUAUCAGGGAAUGCAAUAAAGCGUCUCCAGUUGGCAGGACUCUAUCCCAUAGCUGUCUUCAUUAGCCCGCUCAAUGUCGACAACAUCCAAGAGAUGAACAAACGUUUUACUGAGGAGCAGGCAAGGAAGACUUACGAGAGAGCUGUUAAACUGGAGCAGGAGUUCACAGAGUACUUCACUGCUAAAGUCCAGGGCUCUUCUCUAGAGGAAGUGUACUCGCAGGUGAAGCAGAUCAUUGAGGAGCAGUCAGGUCCAUACAUCUGGAUACCGACCAAGGAACGACUUUGAACAAACACAUGUAUAUGACACGUUCACACACACACACACACACACAUCUAUCUUUCAAAACUUCCUACUUUUGUGAUUUUCUAUUAUCAGCCUGCUUCCUCUCACUCUCUGUCUCUCUCUCUCUCUCUCUCUCUCUCACUGUCUGUUGCACACACAUCACUACGAUCACACACACACACACACACACAUUUACACAAGCACAUGUAAUUGUAUGAGGCUGGGACGAGCUGGGACAGCUGCUUCCUGAAGAGGGGAGGAGCUCAAGUCUGUCCAGCAGCCUAUUGGUGGAUCUUCCUAUGGCUCAGUUCCUUAAUGUUUAAGGAGGUGGUUCAAAUCAAGGCGACAUGUACCAUGAUGUGAUUUUAUUUCAUUAUUAUUGUUGUUCUUAUUAUUGUUGUUGUCGUUGUUUUCAUAUUAACGAAAGGGUAAUGCAUUAAUGUAUGGGUUUGUAAUGAUGAUAUUGUCACCGAGACGCAGACUUUUGCACGCUGUAGCUUUAAGAGCAUGUUUUCGGGAGAAGAUGUUGUUCUCCUUUCUUGUCUGUCCGUCCUCAUGGCAUCACUCCUGUUUAGCGCUUAUCCCUUUCUCGUCUUUUUUCUUCCUUUCAUUCAUUCAUUUUCUCAUUCCCUACUUUGCUCCAUCCUUUCCCCUUCAAGCUGUCUGCAGACACGAGGUGAAAACGUGCGCCCCCAACAUUUUGGAAUCAAAGAUAUUGACUUAAAACUGUAGUACAAGUUUUGUUAACAAAAAAUAUAUCAGAUCUAAUGAGUAUUCUCAAUCAGAAGUUAAGCUGGAAAUGAAUCAUCAUGGUGGAAGGGUCCAGCUGAAACUCUGAGCCUAUAUUUAUCAUCUUUCUGAGAAUUAUAGAUUUUUUAAGGGUGAAAAAAAGUAAUUUCAGUAAAUAUUAGGACCCAUUAAUCUAUGUAUCAGAGGUCAUCUUUACACAAGGCUGUUUAACUUUUGCUGAGCAGCAUCAUCUGAUCACCCUUGAAGCUAACGGCUCCGAUCCCUUAGGCAACAAACACAAAAUGAUCAUUUCAGUAAAGUAAUUUCAUGGAACAGAUAGAAAACAGUAGCAUUUGUGCUGAACUGUAGCUGCUGGAGUUCGACUCUCUUUUCUUAAAACAAGUUACUUAGUGCAGGAACUUAGUGUAGUGAAAAAGGUACAUUUUCCUUAACACAAGUCAGAGUAUUAUCAAAAAUCAUUUUAAGGCAGCACUUAUUCACACUACAUUUGCAUUGUUGUUCAGUUUGAUAAAAAUAACUUGCUAUUCUGUAAGAAAUUUAAGUCAUUUGCACAUGAUAAUAACUUUAAAUACAAAUGUAAAACGUGGAAGGGAAAUUAGCUGUGAUGGAAACAAAAGAAACCCCAAACUGGAGCAGGAAGUUUUGAUAGUUUUUCUUCAACAAAAAAAAACAAAUAAUAAGUUUAAUUCAUGUCCAAAACUGAUGAGUGGAAAUGGAUUGAUUCUUGUAGUUGUGCCCCUGCCUUGUAAAUGAGAAAAUUAGUAGAAUACAAGCAGUGUAAAAUCCUAUUAAAUGUUUAAAUCAAAUGCAAUAACAGGCUAAAAGUAAAAGUGAUGUGAUAUUGCUUCAGCUGAAUCAUAUUUUGUUCAAAGUAGGCAAGAUGUUUAAGUUUAACAUUACACCUUUAACUGUUUGGUAAAUACACGCCUAGAUCCUUCAUUUAUCAAAAACUUUUAUCACUGAAGCAGACUUUGGCUGCUUUUCCUGUCUUUCCUCCUUCCUUCCUUCUUUCCUCUUCUUCCCUCCUUUCUCAGGCCUUCACUCCUCUUCACGUCUCCACGCUCACAGUGUGACAUCGGUCGAGCAUUUGCCAGUGUAUCAUGUUCUUCAUCACUAUCAUCACAAUCAUAAUCAGCUGUCCCCUCCCCCUGUUCUGUAGUUGCACUAAUGAGGGCUGGUUUCUUAAAAGCAUCUUAGAUUGACACUGCUGAUACCAUCCCAGUGUUUCUGGUAUAAAUUAGUUUUUAUUUUUUUAUUUACGGUAGAAUUCUGGUAUGAAAGAUCUGGAGAGGAUAUAUUUUUACUCAUUUGCUGCACAUCAUACGUUUGUUGAACACGGCUACUCUCAGGUUACUGUUUUAGCUCUGCAGGUAACAACGCUUCAUGCUGUUUUUAUUUGAGCCAACUACGAUGCUAAUUCAUUUACUUUGAGAUUGGGUCAGAUGGCGGCCCCCCCUACAGAAAACCUUUUACCCGACAGUGGCUGAAUCUUCAAAGGUGCUUUCGUGAUCCCUCUGAUGUCCACACUUCUAGAAUGAGGAGACUUUUGCAUGGAAGUAAAGUACAAUCUAAUGUCAGUAUUUCCACACACUCUCACUUUUGCACACCUUCAAAUGUCCUGUCGCUUGAAAAUGACUUUCCUUUAUCAUUUUCACCAUUUACAGAUGUUUUAUUUCUCAUGCUCCAAUUUAAACGUUGUGCAAAAUAAUUGAAAUAACCUAAAAUAUGCUAUUUUAGUUCCACACUAAACUGAGGAUGGCAGUUUACGGCUGGAGCGGCAGUGAAUUUAAACAUAAAUAUUCAUAGAAAUUAAUGUUAACAUAUAUUCAUUGACACAGUCUGUGGACAUUUUUAUUUCCAUGCAGGAGGGGAGACAUGUGAGAUCACAAAAAUAACCUUUGAACUGAUGACUCUGCUUCUUCCUUAGAGCAGUUUUUAAGUUCGAACAUGUUCAGGAGUUAACUGUAGGCAACUGGACACCUCUCACCUCUCGUCCUAGAAGGUUAUUUGCUUCUGACUUAAUAUUAAGCCUCUGAAGGCGAGAGAGUCACGAUGUGAAACAACCCAGGUCUUUCACCUCUGACCCAGUUUCAGGUUGUUAGUUUCACCUGAGUCUGAGGUAUGUAUGAGGGUCAUAAAGGUCACCUGAGAGACACCGUGUCUGAUCCAACAUCCCCAUCCAACGUCAACACAAUAGGUGAGCCUUGCCUACAGCUAACUACUGUACUGUAGAUGACUAUGACCUGGAAGGCCGGGAACCUUCACAGAUGUGUUCACGAUAACGUCGCCACAUCUCAUGGCGGUGAACCUACAGAGAAUCAGCGUCUGAAUCUGCAGCAGUGAGUUUCACCUUGUACAUACAGUGCACAGUUCAGUUAGAGACACUAUUACUGGUGAACAUAGCAGAGCCUUUAGCAGAUAAGGAGCCAGAUGUUCCCAUCUGAAUUUGAUGGGAACCCAAAAAUGGAGCUAAAAGAAAAUGAUGUCACAAUAAUCUUUGCGUUUGAGCUACCGAGAUGCUUUUGGUGACACAGCCCCUGUUAUGGACCUUGUCAGCCGACCACUUCCCCCCCAUCUCCACCCUCGAUCCCUGAGGCGACUCCUCCAAGCUGACUGGAGGCCAGAGGCAUGCAGAGAGAGACCCUUCUGUCUGCAGCGUAGCUUUUACACCCCAGUAGUAAAUGGUUUUGAGCACAUGUGUUUUUGAAAGAAAAAAACAAGAAAAAAAAAAAGCUUUAAUAUCUCCUCACAGAAUGUUCAGCUAAACUCCUUUUCUUUCCAUGUACAGUAUAUUCAUGAAUCAAAGUGGAUGAGCGCGGUGUGUUUGUCCUCACCUGACAGAAGAUGAGCUCUCUGUGUGACUCUGGCUGGUGUGUUAGCCACUGUCUGUUAGAGUAAAGCACUGAUGCAGAGAAUCUAUUCUAGAGAUGGAUCUAUAUCUAACAUAUUAUAAUAUUUAAUCCCUGCUCUAACUGCCUAUUUUGGUACAGAAAAUAAAUAAAUAAAGGUCUUUAUCGA